UUGACAAUCCAAAAUGCAAUCAUGGCGCACGGGGCACUGUGUUUGUAGAAUGCUGAGAAGUUUUUACGUAAACACUUCGUUGUUUUGCAUCGAAAUUGUUAAAUGUCUUACAACAACUUAUCCAUAAUUUUUAACAUUAAUAGUUAUGUAUACAUGUGUGACCCAAAUACAAAGUUUCCACUUGUUCGCAAUAUCGUCUCUGUACCAUUAGACACUUGCAGAUAAGUUGCUUGGUGUCAUAAUGUCAGAGGCGUACGCCCGUGAGAUACUGCGAAGGAAUGUUGCGCAAAUUUGUCAAACGAUAGGAUGGAACGGCAUAAACUCAACUCCACUUGACAUUCUAGUACAUGUAUUAGAAAAAUAUAUCAGCACAUUGGGGACCCAGGCCAACAGAUAUGCUGAGCAAUUUAAUAGAACUGAGCCAAAUUUACAUGACCUAGGGCUAGUGUUUCGUGAUCUACACAUCCAGUUGCCGGAAUUGACUGAGUACACCCAGUCUGUGCCUCCUGUACCACCUCCAGUCAAAACUGAAAGGUUUCCUAAGUAUAAAGAAUCUAAUCUAAACUUUCUCAAACCAGGCAGUCAUGAAGUUGUCACGAGACCUAUGCACGUUCAUGAGCACCUCCCUCCCAUGUUUCCUGAAAAGGAAAGGGACACCCCACUGGUUGCAGGUACCGUUGAAAUUAGGCAAAAUGGUAUUGAUAAUGGUGAGAAUAAUACUAGUUGUACAAGUCCAGAAAUAUCAGUUACGGACAGUCCAGAAAAACCAAAAGACAUAUUUAAGCGACCCACAGAUCCUGUCUCUUUGCCAAAUAGCAAGAGGCCAAGGUUACGAAUGGAUGAAGAGGAGAGAACUAGAGAAAUAAGUAGUGUCAUGAUGACCAUGUCUGGUUUCUUAUCACCUGCACGGGAAGGUAAACUGCCUGAAGCCAAGCCUCCUACCAUUAUAUCUGAAAAGCACCACGAUAGACAUAAGGUAAAUUCACAUUCUAAUCCUAUGAAAGUGCCCCUAAUAGAUAAAAGUGACAAGAAAUCUAAGAAGAAUAAAUUAUUAAAUGGUAAAGUAAUGAAAAGUAAAAGGAAAGAUAAAAGUCACAAAGGUGAGAGUAGUAAAUCUAAGGAUAAUAAUAAAUUGGACAGGUAUCCACCUGGAUAUCCUAUUAAAAAUAAAGAUGUACAUCCAACACAUCAUAAUCAUGUAACAAUGCCAGCGCCACGAGUGCCUCCUACGAAGUCCAUGCCUCCUCCGCCGAUACCUUCUAUAUCUACAGUACCAGAACCAUUAAGACCUGUGAUCAAACAAGAACCAAUUGAUGACUUGCGUCAUGUAUCAAAAAUCUCAAAAUUGGCAGAAGAUGCCAUACCUGUUCCAAGGAAAAUACCUAAAUCAAAAUCUCCUUUGGUAGCAAAUCCACAUGCAACAUAUAAAACUUUACCUCAACAUCCAAUUUUACCUGAAGUGGCAAUAAAUAAACAAGUCUUGGAUGAGGAGGAAAAGCUGGCGUCUCAGCCAGAUAGAUCAAAAAUCAAUAUAUUUAAAAGAAUAUCGAACAAAUCAAAAGAAGACAAAAGUGUUUCAGAACCUGUCUCAGAUAAAUCACAGUCUGAAUCUGCUAUUCCAAAGGUUCACAAUUCUUCAAGUGAACCACAAGAUAGUCAAAGAUUAAAAACAGCGGAACCAGUAAUGAACAACAAUAAUAGUCCUGUAGAUUUGUCCAAAGAAAUAGACAUUAGAGCUCAUGAAGUGAUUGAUAUUGACGAUGAUUCAUUGGAUAUGCAUCCUGUUCCACCCAGACCAUCUCCAGCUGAAUUCAAACCUGGAUUAACCAUAAACAAAUCUUUGCAAGUACCUUUUCCCAAAGAUGUAGCUAGUGUAAGUCCAAAAAUAAAAAAGGAAAAGAAGCAUAAAGAGAAAAAGGAUAAAGCAGCAAAAUUGGAAACUAAAUUGAAAAAGCAACAACAACAGCUUGCAUACGAAAUGGUUAUGUCUGACAAAAAGAAAUCUAAAUUAGCAAAUGAGAAGGUACCAAAACAAGGAAGACCAAGAAAUGAGUCAAAGUUGCCGCAAAUGCCUCCUGGUUUUCCAUUUUUCCCUGGAAUGCCCUCUGGAAGAGGGUUAAUGCCUGGUCCUGGGCUAAUUCCUGGAAACGACUUCCUAGCAAAUUUAACCAAUAAUCCUGCAUUAAGAGGUUUGCCACCACAUAAUUUAUUAACAAAUCCUUUUGCAUUAGGUGCAUCUGGCCCUGGUCUUAUACCAGGACCAAGUUUUUUACCGGGUAUUCCCAAUCAUCUCAUGCCUAUGGGUAAUUUUCCUCAUACAUCUCGUUCAUCAUCCGAAAAGAUAUCUCCAAUGUUUCGCCGCCCUAGCUUAGAAGUUAUACCUGUUGAUAAUAAGGAGGAUAGGGGUAUGCAUAAGCCAACUUUAAUGAAUAGGGACAGAGACAGGCAUGAUAAGCACAAAUCGGCAACCAUUCCAAAUAUUUUACAAAAACAAAAGUUUAAAUCAGGUAGAGACCAUAAAUCUAUGUACAAAAUGCCACCAGUGCAUCCUGAUAUAACUAUAGAAUUAAAUCCUCCUAAAGUAGAACCCCCUAGACAGGAAUUACCUAAACAACCUAUUCCAGAACCUGCAAGGCUCCCAUCACCUCCUCCUAGAGAAGUCUGGCAACCUAUCCAAGCUCCUGAACCUGAAAAAGAACCUGAACCCAUACAAGUUCCUCAGCCACUGCAAAUAAAAACAGAAAGUCCAGAUGUUUCCCAUCACAGAAGAGAAGACGAAGAACAUUCAGAGAAGAAAAAAGAUAAAUCACAUAAAAAAGAGAAGAAGGACAAAGAUGGUAUAAAAAUUAAGAAGAAAAAAGACAAAAAGGAUAAAAAUAAAGAUAAAUCAGAGAAACGAAAAGAUAAAGAAGAAAGGCAAGAGAUAAAAGAAAAAAUUAAAAAAGAGAAAAAGGAGAAAAAGAAGGAUAAAUCAGCUGAUGGUUUAGUGCCCAAGCUUACAUUGAAAUUGGGUUCAUCCAAUUCUAAUUCGCCGAUGCCACCCAGUUCCCCAGAUAUCUAUAAAUUAAACAUUAAACCCGUGGUCAAAAAGGAGGAUGAAGAGAGUUCUUCUGUAAAGGAUGAACCAAUGUCGAGAGAAAAUAGCAGAUCGCCUGAACUCGCACAGAUAUCUGCUUUAGUAACGAGACCACCCAAAUCUAAACAUUCGAAACACAACCACACAUCAGAAGCUGAUGUUCCAUCAUCGUCACCUCCCUCUGGGUCUCCGCCAAGGAAAAAUCGUCCUCCAUCAAGUCACUCCAAGUACAAGAGGAUAUUAUUCAAACCCCUGUCAAAGAAGGGUCAAGCAGAAAAUCUUGAUGAGGAGACGGCUUCAAUAUCGGAAGAAAAACCGGCGGAGCCACUGCCCACACCUUACUAUGUGGACGAGCAUGGAAACAAAAUUUGGGUGUGCCCACCAUGCGGGAGACCGGACAACGGCUCUCCAAUGAUUGGUUGUGAUGGUUGCGAUUUUUGGUACCACUGGGUUUGUGUGGGUAUCACUGAGGAACCCGGCGUCACGGAGGAUUGGUUUUGCAAAUCGUGUCUUGCGAAGCGCGCCGCAAUGGUAUUGGCGGGCGUUACCACCGGCAAGAAGCGGGGCCGAAAACCAAAAGGUGAAAAAAUCAGAGACUGUCAUUGACCGUCGGAACAUUUUGUUGUUACUGCGAUUAGUUUUAAUAUAUCUGUUCAGUGGACAUGGUGUAAAUGGAUUGCAAUUGUUGAUGGAUUAUUGUUGAAUGAUAUCAUACAGAUACGUUUUCAUCUUUCAUAAUGUUAUAUUUAGGCUAGAAUUAAGUAUAGAUAAUAUUUGAGUAUUGACAUAAAAUGUUGAACAUGAUAGUGUAGGUACUUGUAAUAAUUACCAUCAUUUUUUAAUUAUUGUUAAUUUACUUUUAAUUUCACAUUCGUAUAGAUCAAGUUCGCGAUAGGGGCGUGUUAUACACGACUCGCUUGUAAACAUAGUUAUAAUAUAAGAUUCUUUUUAUAUUGUACAAAAAACUGAAUUUACUUAAGAAAUUGGUGAUGUAUAAAGUAAUGUAGUGAAUAUUUAAUUACAGAAAGAAGGCUGGAUGUUUCUUCAGCUAAUAUUUGAAUAUUUUCAUAUUAUAAUUUUAAUAUAACCCUGUUUUUUUUGUUGUUGUUCCUUCUAAUUGAUGUACAGGGCUAGCACAAUCUCCCAUUUUUUUAGCAUUACAAACUAAAUUAUAAUUAUGCUCGGACAAAAUCGAUGGAGUGAUGGUGCUCGUCCUAAGUGGAUACAUGGAGAGGAGGAAAAUGUAAAAUUUGAUUUAGCCAGUGGCCAAUUAAAUCUAUUGGUACUCUAAAA